CGCCAUGACCCCCUCGCGCGACUCGGCACUCGCCUCCGCAUCCGCCUCCCGCGCCCAGAGCUACAAGGGGUCCCCCAGCAUCAACCCGCGGUACUCGACCGGCAACCCUGCGUCCACGCCGCCGUUAGCCGCGAACGGCGUCCCCCCACCGCGGCCUAAUCGCGCAGGCACGCUGCCGCUCGACCUCUCGCUCGAUAGGGAUCCCAGCCCGCAACCUGCGUCUGCCCGCUCACCCGCCUCCCAGCUGCCGCCCGUCCUGCCGUCCCCCGCCGUAUCCCCCGGCGUAUUCUCCCCGCCGACGCUGGGCCAGCCAUUCGCCGCCCCUGUUGGCCCCGCGCCUGGCAACCCGUAUUUCCCCAGCGCGACCGCCGCGAUCGAAAAGGGCAUGGAGGACGUCAAGAUGUCCGGCCCCGUCGGGGUCGGUGUACCCAUGGGUGUCGUCGAACCGAGAGAAAAAGAGUUGCCACGUGAGCCCGGGUCGGCGGCGAUGGGCGGGAGAAGCAGGAGUGGGACCGGGAGGAGCAGUAAGGAUAAAAAGAGCAUGUUUGGGUUCGUCUCUGAUUUACUAGGCAAGGACAAGCCGCCAGUGAUUUCGAAACCGUAUGAUCCGGUGCAUGUCACCCAUGUCGGAUUUGAUUUCCAAACCGGAAAGUACACCGGUAUGCCCCCCAAAUGGCAGCAAGUCCUCGACGACAAUGGCAUCACCCAAGACGAGCAGGAACGAAACCCGAACGGCGUCAUGGCCGUCGUGCAGUACCUGAAACAUCAAGACGAAGGCGAAGAUGAAGAAGAGGAAGUAUGGGCAAAGAUGAAGAAUGCGCAACCGCCUGCGUUUCCUCCACCCUCUGCCGCGCCGUCGCAGCCGACAACGCCGGGAGGAGGGGUCGGGAGUAGAGAGAUGAGUAGGGAACCGAGUAAUGAGGCGCUCGGCGCAGCGGGAACACAGGUGGUCGAUUUCACGUGUCCGAGAAUGGCUCCUGCUCCGCCUACCAAGCCGUCCCUCAACCGAAUGCUCUCGGAACGACAUGCGCCGGCUUCGCACCGACCGGCCGAACUCACCACCCCUGCCCCUCUGGCAGCCGCUCCUAGGGUGACACAGGCGUAUUCUUCCGCAUUAUCGCAUUCACCCCACCUCCCACCUCCUCAUCCCACGUCGAGCGCUCCGCCGACCGCGCCCGCGCCGCAUCUCGAUAGGUCGUACUCCCAGCGUGCGCCGGUGUCUGGUACAAAGACAAAAGUGUUGGAUCGGGCGAAUACGACGAGGUCGCCGGGAUCGAGUGCGGGGAUAGCGCAGGGCGCGGGCACGGGCGUGGGUUUGACGAAAUCGCAAAGUCAGUCGGGACAUAAAUCGCGCGAUCCAUCGAGAGAACCAAAAGAUUCAGCUUCUUCCUCUGGCGGAUUAUCGAGAAACCAAACGACGACGCGACAGCAGCAAGGGGCGACUCCCCGUAGAAGGGAAAAGGAGAAGAAGGAGAAUGAAGACGUGAUAAGGCAGUUGAGGAUGAUAUGUACACCCGGAGACCCGAAUUUGGUGUACAAGAAUUUCAGAAAGAUUGGUCAGGGUGCGUCGGGCGGUGUAUACACCGCGAUAGAUCGUCAAACUCUGCCGGUCGCUAUCAAACAGAUGAACCUCGAAAAACAGCCGAAACAGGAUCUCAUCAUCAACGAAAUCCUCGUCAUGCGCGAAUCUGCCCAUCCAAACAUUGUAAACUUUAAAGACUCGUACCUCUGGCAAGGCGAUCUGUGGGUGGUGAUGGAGUACAUGGAAGGAGGCAGUCUGACAGAUGUGGUGACGGCGCAUUGUAUGAGUGAAGCGCAGAUUGCGAGUGUGAGCAGAGAGGUUUGCGAGGGCCUGAGACAUUUACAUAGUAAAGGGGUGAUACAUCGCGAUAUCAAGAGUGAUAACAUCUUGUUAUCCCUGAAUGGUGAUGUCAAGCUUACCGACUUUGGUUUCUGCGCGCGUAUUGCCGACCCGACGACGACGAAGCGGACGACCAUGGUGGGCACACCGUAUUGGAUGGCGCCAGAGGUGGUGUUGCGGAAAGAGUAUGGGCCGAAUGUUGAUAUUUGGAGUCUGGGUAUUUUGGCGAUCGAAAUGCUCGAAGGCGAACCGCCAUACCUUACCGAAAACCCGGUGAGGGCGCUCUACCUCAUCGCUACAAACGGUACACCCAAAAUCAAGGAUUGGGACAAGCUUUCGACCGUGUUUAGGGAUUACUUCAAGGUCACCCUCCAGGUUGAUCCGGCCAAGAGACCGACGGCGGCGGCGAUAUUAAAGCAUGAAUUCUUCAAGCAUACAGCCCCGUUGAUAUCAUUAGCGCCUAUGAUCCGAUCGUCGCGCAAGAGUUAGACCGGCGACUCUUGCUCGUAUCGUCAUAUCAUCGUAGAUCCCACCCAUCGACCAUCGCCCCUUCCCUUGUCAUUUUUAUUCUUAUUUUUUUUUGGCCGCUACUGCAUUUGCACAAAGGCGGCCUCUGUAUAUUCAAGAUCGAACCACAUCCGAGCAAAAGGAGAAACAAAAAGAGGGAGAAAGGAAAAAAAAAGACCUUCAACUGUGUAUACUUUCACCACCAAUCACCUUUUUUGCAAAAGCAUUUUUUUUUUCAGCCUCGACCGAAAAGAAGAAACGCUCGGCAGUGCAAUACGUGUUAAUCUCUCUUCUUUUUGUCAUUCUUUCGUUUCAGCUUUGCGUGGAUUUCCCUGUAGAUUUUUAUAUUUCAUUUUGGAUUCGGGCUUCUUCCCAACCUCUUUUUUUUUUUUUUUUCCCCGUUUCGUUUUCUUCUUCUUCAGAGGUGAGGGGAAGAUGUGGAGAGGAGAAAUAUUGAUGACGGGUUAAAGAUUGUUUUAGAUCAGGGUGUGGAAGAGAAGGGGAUAUGAGGGAGAUUUGUGUGAAUAUAUAUAUAUAUUUUAGACUUAUCGGGAAAUGCGAUAUUUGUGCUCAAUAUA